GGGUUCGCAAUGUCCCCGCUUGAUUGCGUCAUCCACGUACUGGGAGCGUGCGAGUGUCUUGGUAUGAAUGUUCGAGUACGGCUCGACAAUCCGUCCGUCAUUAGCAGGGAAGUACAUAUGUGAGAGCCGCGCUUUAGACGAUCUGCACCCGUCGCGACGAUCACCGCCAACAGAACUCAACCUCCAGCUUUGGCUUCCCACUCACUGGCCUCCUUAUCAUGCCUAGUACUACGCUUCCUGUCGUGCCCCACUAUGUCGCUGCCUCUCUGACCAAGGAGAAUCUGGAUUGGGCCGAUCUUCCCAUAAUCGACCUCGCGAGAGCUACUACGCCGGAAGGGCGCGCUGAACUGGCUCCUCUGAUUCGUGAUGCGAUGCGCACGCAUGGCUUUCUAUACGUCAUCAACCAUGGGUGGACCGAGGCACAGAACGAGCGCAUCUUCGACAUCGCGAACCUCCCGUUUGAGCAUGUUCCUGAUGAUGAGAAGAAACGCUUCGCGGGCGACAUCAAGAAGACAGGCUCUUACAGGGGUUACAAGCUACGAAACUACUGGCACAUAGACAACGGAGUACGGGACCAAUUAGAGCAUUACAACUUACAUCGCUCGAUUUACGAGAACCAGGAGCAUCCGAAGGCGCUUCAGCCAGUUCUUCCCGAGAUCCGCGCUUUCGCCGAGCACAAUCACUUCAACGUCCUCUUCCCUGUCCUCCGUCUGCUCGCGCUGGGCAUGGAGCUUCCGGAAGACACAUUCAUCAACAUUCACGGUUUUGAAGCCAAGGGCGAGACAUAUGUCCGGUUCAUGAAGUACUAUCCCCGCUCCGAAGAGGAAGAGACGAAGACGUCCAACGUCUGGCUCAAAGGCCACACCGACUUCGGCACCAUCACCAUUCUCUGGUCGCAGCCCGUCACCGCUCUCCAGAUACUCUCCCCCGACGGGGUGUGGCGCUUCGUCAAGCACAUCCCCAACGCGCUCGUCAUUAACGCUGGGGACGGGAUGGAGUUCCUCUCCGGGGGCUACUACAAGGCGACGAUCCACCGCGUCGUACAACCGCCCGUGGACCAGCGCGGCACCACGCGCGUGGGGGCGUUCUACUUCGCCAUGACAAACGACGACGUCGUGCUGAAGCCGCUUUCUGAGAGCCCGGUGCUGCAAAGGGUGGGCAUCGUGCGGCGGUUCGAGGAUGAGAACGCGCCGACGACGGAGCAAUGGAGGCGUGCACGGACGAGCGCUUAUGGGCAGACGGAGCUGAAGCGCAAGGACAACGUCGAGGAGGAAGUGAUUAACGGUGUUGUCGUAAAGCACUACAACUAGCGACAAUAAGAAGUCAAUGCCAGUAGCUGUGACUGUCGGAGCCAUUGCGCACAACUCCCCCACACAGAUGGGCGAGGAUGGAUCACCC